AUUCAACAGUUUCCAGCUUGAAGUAUCUCCCUCUUGCUACAAAGAUUAUGUGGCUGUAUAUGAUGGCUCAGACACUCAUGCUCCUCUCCUCGGCAAAUUCUGUGGCUCAGAAGUGCCUCCGAAUAUUAAGAGCUCCAGUAAUAACUUGUUCCUGGUGUUUAAGACUGACUUCUUUGGAGCAGACAGGGGAUGGAAAGCAUCUUUCAAGGAGACCCUAGGACCUCAGAAUGGCUGUGGUGGUUACUUGACAAAUUCAGCAUAUAGCUUUGGCUCUCCCAUCUCCAAUGUGACCGGAAGAUACGAGAAAAAUCUGGACUGUGUAUGGAUCAUAAUAGCACCAGUGAACAAAGUGAUCAACCUCACCUUCACUUCAUUGGUGCUUGAAGCACAGUCUGCUCAGACUUGCCGAUAUGAUUAUGUCAAACUUUAUGAUGGAGCUAAUGAAAAUGCCAAUUUAGUUGGCUCAUUCUGUGGAUCUACAGUGCCAGCUCCUUUUCUUUCUACCCGUAAUUCCUUGACUGUGGAAUUUGUCACAGAUAAUUCUGUGCAAAGGGAGGGUUUCAAUGCUACCUAUACCACAGUGGAUCGACUGUGUGGAGGAAUAUAUAAUGCAACUUCUACACCCCUGACUGCAACAUCUCCUAACUUUCCAAAUGAAUAUCCACCAUUUACUCUCUGUGCCUGGGUCAUUGAUGCCCCUCCGCAACAGCAAGUCAGGGUGGUGGUAGAGGCCUUCCACCUCCAUUCCAGCCAGGACUGCUCUCAGAACUACCUCGAGCUCCAGGAUUCACCAACACACAGCCAAAGCUCAGUCCAUAGAUUCUGUGGCACUGAAACUUUUCCAGUCCCUGAAUUUUAUUCUUAUGAUCGGACUGCCGUCGUGACUUUCAAAUCAGAUGAAUAUAUGAUUAAUAAUGGAGUCAGAUUUACAUAUCAAGCUACAGGUUGCAGCAGAGAGUACAACCAGCCAUUUGGUUACCUGAAGAGCCCUGGCUGGCCUGGACGUCACCCCAAUAAUGUGGACUGUUCAAUCAUUCUCCGAGCUCCGCUGAAUCACACAAUUUCUCUCUUUUUUCAUGCUUUCAGUUUGGAGGACAGCAUCCAGUGUUCACAUGACUUCCUAGAGGUCAGAAAUGGGAGCGAUGUGCAAUCACCACUACUUGGCAGGUUCUGUGGAAACACCGUGCCCAGUCCCAUCUUCCCCAGAAAUCAUGUUGUCUACCUUCGUUUCAAGAGUGAUUUUUCAGGGACUCAUGAUGGAUAUGAAAUUAUUUGGACUUCAUCAUCAAGUGGAUGUGGAGGAACAUUAUACAGCAGCGCUGGCUCAUUUGCUAGUCCCAGCUACCCAGCAACUUACCAGAACAACACUGACUGCGAGUGGGCCAUUACAGUGCCCAAGGGACGAAUUGUCACAGUGAACUUUGAUUUCAUCAGCAUCGAUGACCCAGGGGACUGCAGUAGCAACUACCUGAUCCUUUACAACGGGCCAGAUACCAGCUAUCCCUCAGCUGGGCCGUACUGUGGGAUGGAUACAAACAUCGCUCCAUUUACUGCUACAUCUCAUCAAGUCUAUAUAAAAUUUCACGCUGAAUAUGUGACUUUACCCUCAGGAUUCCACUUAAGCUGGAUGAGCUAGAACACUGUUUAUGGGAAAUAUAUUACCAUUCCUUGCAAUAUUGAAGAGACUUUAGAUCAUAAAGUAAGUUUGAAAUCUGGUUACGGUAAUUGCAGCUGAAGUAAAGCCUUUUAAAGAUUACUGCAAGUGUAGCUUUUAUGAGUUUAGAGUUCUGUCAAACAAAUGUGAUCUCCCAUUGUACUGAAAAUAAACU